UGUGAUUGCCGCAAUCAGCCUGGAAACGAGUGCUAUUCUGGGGGAAGGCUGACUGUCACUCGGCGACAGAGCCCCUGCAAAGUAACGGGUAUCUGAACUCGGCUCAAACAGAAGGGAAAGCGACAAACAAAAAGGAAAGAAAAUUAAAGGGAAAAAAACAAAAGAAGCAAAGAGAGGCUCAAGGGGGAAAGGCGUGGUCGGGAGUUUUCUUGCUUUUUCCUCGAGGCCAAAAAGAAAAAACUCGCGGUCAGCGGCCCGGCCAGUGGCAUCGUCCCGUGCAUCUCCCCCCAAAUCCCGCACUGACCGCCAUGGUGAAAAAGGGCAAAGAGAAGGGCGGCGGCGGCUCAAGCAAGACCCCGGCUCCGGCUCUAGCGGCUGCCUCUACGUCCUCCAGCAAGGCCACCAAGGCCAAGAAACCCCCCGCCGAGGACGAUUUCAUCGUCUUCACCACCUCCACCAAGGAUGGCGACGGGAAGGGCAGGAGAGGCGGAGGCGGAGGCGGAGGAGGAUCGAGCUCAGGGGCGGGCGCCAGCGCUGCCGCUGGCGAGGCGGUUGAUGGCCCGCCCAAGCCUACGGCGAAACAGAUCAUCGGCGGCUCCUCAUGGACCGGCAAGCUGCCCGUCAACCUGCUCUCGGAGCACUGCCAGAAGAUGAAGUGGGAGAGGCCCGACUAUGACACUCGCAAAACAAAAGAGGGCUUCUCCGUCUUCGUCCGCCUUGCCGCCAAGAACCCAAAGACGGGCGAGAUGGCCAAGCUAGAGCCCUUCAAGCUGCCGCCUAGCCACGUGCAUCUGGCCUACAGGCCCACGGCCCUCGAGGCCAAGCACUUCGCCGCCACCUAUGGCCUCUUCCGCGUCUGCAGCAUGAAGAACAUGCACAUGAUGCUGCCUCCAGACUACCGCUCCCUCUGGCGCGACGAGUUCCAGGCCCUCAAGAAGGAGGACGUCAAGGAGGGCAAGGCCUGGAUGUACGAGGCCGACCCCUUUGCCGCCCUGCGCGAGCGCGAGGAGGCCAAGGCCGCAAAGGAGAAGCUGCGCGCCCAGCAGCAGGCCGUCAGGGAGAAGGCCGCCAGCCUGCCGGGCGCCGCGGGGCUCGUGCUGAGGAGCAACGCCGCAAACUCUGCAAGCGGCAGCAGGUCAGGGUCUCCAAGUGGCCGGGGUAGGGGAGGCGGCGGAGGAGGAGGAGGAGGAGGAGGGAGAGGCGGGUUCGACCCGAUGAGGGGCUGGACGACAGCGCCCAAGGUCGAGAUGGGCAACAAGACGCGCACGCUGAUUGAGGGCCUGCUGCGGCGCCUGUCGGUGUGGAACCCCAACGGCAUAGCCAUGAGCCCUGAACAAAAGGUGGCCGUCGUCACGUCGCUCAAGGAGCUGGGCUUCCGCGAGAGCCACGUCGAGGAGGCAGUCGAGGAGUGUAAAGAUCGCGAGGAGACUCUGGAGUGGCUGCUUAUCCACGUGCCCGAGGACGACCUACCGCGCUGGGCCCUACCCGAGAGCUACACUGCCGGCGUCACCGUGGGUGCCACGGACCUCAAGAGGGAGGGCGCCAUCAAGAGGCUGGCCCAAUCUGGCUACUCGGCCGAGCUUUGCAAAAAGGUCUUUGAUGAGUCUGGAGGCGAUGAGGGUCGGGCCGCCGAGGCUCUCCAAAAAGUCCUUCUAUCCAGCGGGGGUGCCACUCAAGGCGAUGCUGCUGCCUCCGCCGAUGACGCAGCCGAGUCCUGGCGCGAACCUGACGAGGUUUGGACCGAGGAGAUGGAAAGUCUCGAGUCUGUGUUUGGCGAGCUGUUCAGCCGCCCAAGCGCUGACGUGUGCCAAAUCAAACUUGAAGACGUCAAAGUCGGGCCCGUUAAGGACGCGGAGAUCUUCAUGCAGUUCCGCAAGUCGCCGCACUACCCAGAGCAGCUGAUUCUCUCGCUGGUUGCGCCCCUGCCGGCCUACAUCAAGCUCAGCAUCAUCAAGCGCGCGCUUUCCUACAUGGACGAGUCACUCAGGGGCGAGGAAACCAAGAUCUACUUUGUUGUCUCGUGGGUGCAGGAAUGCAUCAACGACAUCAUCGACCGGCCGGGCCCGCUGCGCGACAUCGCCGCCGUGGCCUCGGCGGCGUCAGAGGAGAAGCCCUCGUCGGUCCGGAGGGCGGUCGGUCGCGGAAAGGGGCGGCGGCCAAAACCCAUCAGCUGGGUGCCCGACAACGCCAGCAAGGAAGAGUGGCUCCGGCGACAGGAGGCGCCGGCGUACCGCAAGAUGCUGGGCCAGAGGCAGAAGCUGCCGGCGUGGCAGGUGCGCGACGAGCUCGUGGCCACGGUCAUGGAGAACCAGGUCACCAUCAUCGCCGGAGAGACAGGCUCGGGCAAGUCGACGCAGUCGGUCCAGUUCAUUCUCGACGAUCUGUACUCGCGCGGCCUCGGCUACGCGGCCAACAUGGUCGUGACGCAGCCACGGCGAAUCUCGGCGCUGGGCCUGGCGGACCGCGUCAGCGAGGAGCGCUGCUGCCCCGGCGUGGGCCACGAGGUCGGCUACUCCAUUAGGGGCGAGACCAAGACGGGCCCACGCACGCGCAUCACCUUUGUGACGACGGGCGUCCUGCUCAGGCGGCUACAGGUGUCGGGCGGGCGCGUCGAGGACGUGGCGGCGUCGCUCGCCGACGUGAGCCACGUCGUUAUCGACGAGGUCCACGAGCGCAGCCUCGACACGGACCUGCUGCUCAGCAUCCUGCGCGACGUGCUGCGCCAGGGCCGGCGGCGCGACCUCAAGCUCAUCCUCAUGAGCGCCACGCUCGACUCGGCCACGUUCCGCAACUACUUUUCCGAGGACGGCCUCAGCGUCGGCAUGGUCGAGAUCGCCGGCCGGACCUUCCCCGUGACCGACUACUACCUCGACGACGUGAUCCGCAUGACCGAGUUCGGCACCGCAAACGUGCGCGCCGACGCCGACCCCGUGGCCAAGGCCAUCCAGAACCUGGGCUCGCGCAUCAACUACAACCUCCUGCUCGAGACGGCCAAGGCCAUCGACGAGGACCUGUCGAUCCAGAAGAAGAGCGGCGGCAUCCUCGUGUUCCUGACAGGCGUGGCCGAGAUCAACCGCGCCUGCGCCAUGCUCCGCGCCGUGAGCUGCCUGCACGUGCUGCCCCUGCACGCCUCGCUCGAGACGCGCGAGCAGCGCAAGGUCUUCGCGCCCCCGCCGCCCGGCAAGCGCAAGGUCGUCGUGGCCACCAACGUGGCCGAGACGUCCAUCACCAUCGACGACAUCGUCGUCGUGGUCGACACGGGCAAGGUCAAGGAGACAAGCUACGACGCCGUCACAAACAUGCGCCGCCUCGACGAGUCCUUCGCCUCCCUGGCCGCGUGCCGCCAGCGCCGCGGCCGCGCGGGGCGAGUGCAGGAGGGCGAGUGCUACAAGCUCUACACGCGCAAGCUCGAGGCCCAGAUGCCCGAGCGGCCCGAGCCCGAGAUGCGCCGCGUCCCGCUCGAGCAGCUCUGCCUCUCGGUGCGCGCCAUGGGCGUCGCCGACGUCCGCGGCUUCCUGGCCCGCGCCCCGACCCCGCCCGAGGCCGCCGCCGUCGACGGCGCCCUGGCCCUGCUCCGCCGCAUGCUGCCUCGACGGCGACGAGCUCACCGCGCUCGGCCGCCAGCUGGCCGCCAUCCCCGCCGACCUGCGCUGCGGCAAGCUCAUGGUCUACGGCGCCGUCUUUGGCUGCCUCGACGGCUGCGUCUCCAUCGCCGCCCUUCUUAGCGGCGGCCGGGGCGUCUUCGUCUCCCCGCCCGACAAGCGCGACGCCGCGCGCGAGGCACGGUCCCGCUUCGCCGCCGGCGACGGCGACCUCCUCACCGACCUGCGCGCCCUCCAGGCCUGGGACGACCUGUCGCGCGACCCGGCCGUGCCGCCCCGCCGCGUCCGCGCCUUCUGCGACGACAACUUCCUCUCGCACUAUACCCUGUCCGACGUCGCCUCGGCCCGCACCCAGUACUACCAGUCCCUCAUGGAGCUGGGGCUCGUGUCGCGCGCCGACGCCGCCGCCGAGCAGCGCCAAGGGUCCAGGUCCUCCCAGAACUUGCCGUUGUUGCGCGCCCUGACCGCAUCCGCCUUUGCGCCCCAGAUCGCCCGCAUCCAGUUCCCGGACAAGAAGUUCGCCACCUCCAUGUCGGGCACCGUCGAGCUCGACCCCGAGGCCAAGACCAUCCGCUACUACACCCAGGACCACGGCCGCGCCUUUGUCCACCCCAGCAGCACCCUAUUCGACAGCGAGGGCUUCUCGGGCAACGCCGCCUUCCUGUCCUACUUUUCCAUCAUCUCCACCUCCAAGGUGUUUAUCCGGGAUCUCACGCCCUUCAACGCGUACACGCUCCUCAUGUUCUCGGGUGCCAUCGAGCUGGAUACCCUUGGUCGUGGGCUGGUCGUCGACGGCUGGCUGCGCCUGCGGGGCUGGGCCCGUAUAGGGGUGUUGAUCUCACGUCUGCGCGGCAUGGUCGACGAUGUCAUUGCCCUCAAGGUCGACAACCCGUCCCUGGAGCUCGCAGACAACGACGUUGUGAAGGCCGUCAUCAAGCUGAUUGAGUUUGACGGUUUGGAUGCGUAAAAAAAAGAUCGACCAGGCACAUUGGUAUCUUGGGCAGGGGCUCCAUAGAAAAUUACAUACAGAGGCCUAGAUUCUGCACCACCUUGGAAUGGGUAACGCACUCCAUCUCGAAAGCGUAUGCUUUGUUCACUGUCAAACCAAAGCACAAACAGGCAUGCAGGGAUCACCAGGGUUAUGUUCAUACAUGGUCCAGAAUCGAUUGUUUUGUUUUGGCAACUGCGACGAGUCGUAAGCGGGCAAUACGAACUCGACACUGUCGCCGGCU